AUAAUCUUCAAUUCCAUCAGCUUAUGAAUCACCCAGAGAUGUAUGAGGUGUAUGUACCAAUGGCUUAUGACGAUUAUGUGAAGAGGAUGAUGGAGUACUACUCAGUUCUCCCUUGGUUUAUUUUUCCCGUUUCUUUAGUUUUAUACUGCUCUUAUUUUAACUAAAUAAGGUAUGCAUUUAUUAAUUACUAUUAACAAAUUCAGGGAUGGAGAGUGGGGUGAUCAUGUAACAUUAAAGGCUGCUGCUGACUUGUAUGGUGUGAAGAUUGUUGUCAUAACAUCAUACAAGGAUACAUGUUUCAUCGAUAUCCUUCCGAAGACGCAAAAGUCAAAUAGAGUCAUAUAUUUGAGUUUUUGGGCGGAGGUGCACUAUAAUUCUAUUUAUCCUCAUGAAGGAGGUAUCGACCACUCGGAUCAAGGGAUUCAUACUUCUGACGAAGUCCACUCUAGUUGCCCUCCUGCAGCUGCAAGUUCCCGUGUGCGAGACUUGAAGGUGAAGAAAAAGAAGUGGUGGAAUUUAUUAAAAAAGAAAUAGAGUUCAUUUGAUAAGUGCAUGUGAGACUCUGAAAAGGGGGUUGCUCCACAAAAAGCUCAAAGAUCGAAUCUUUAUUGGAGUUUUGUCAGUACAGGCUUGCCAGAAGAAUGAAUAACUCCGUGUUCUGUCCACAAAGCCACAGGUUGCUGAAAAGAAGAGGGAAAGAAAGACAAUGAAGUCAAAUGUGCCACCCUCAACCUGCUCUAUGUUUUCUUAUGACACACCAGGAGGGGCACAAUGUUUGUUUGGCAGAAGUGAAUGUUGUUGAGCAUGAAACCUUGUUUGGCUGCUGUGUAGAGGUUGAUAAAAGACUUCGAAUCAUCAAAUUAUUUGUUAGAUGAGAAACGGAGUGCAAAGCUUACAGACUUCGAGUUAGCUAUACUUGGCCCGGUCCGCCCUCAAGAUGGACCAACUCAUGUCUCAAAUCGCAAUUGCUAGAAGACUCUCAAUUCAAAACAUAUAUAUAUAAUUAAACUUUUGUACUUGAGUUUUACCGGGCAAAUGCAUUUUAUUGUUGUAUCGAUCCAAAUCCUAAUGAUAUUAAUAUAAGCGGUUUUCCUUUAAAAAAAACUAGACAAAAACAUUGUCAUUUAAGUAAUUUUAUUUUAAUUUGAACUAAAAUUUUA